AUGGCGUCACCGGGCACAUUGAAUGUGGUUGUGACCGGCAAUCCUCCAUUCAUGGAAUACAAUUACAAUACAUCUCAGCUGGUCAGAGAUGCUCUGCCACAUAUGAUCACGGGGUCUAACCAAAAAGACAUUCGUAUAUUCAAAUAUUUCCGUGACACUUUGGAUACUUACGAUGAUGUCCGGUAUGUCUCUCGUGACAUGUGGAGCGGUAGACGUUCACUCUUUUUGCCAGAGCCUGAGCCAAUCGAAAACGAGGAACAUGUCGAUGUCGAUUUCAUUCUCCAUCUCGGUAUGAUCGCUUUGGGAUGGGACUCCAAUCAAUCCCGCUUCGAGACGACAGCGCGCAGAGACGGAUAUAAUCUCCACGGCGAUGAUGGCAAGCUAGUUGACUCGGACCAGCUUAGGCAACUUGGCUUGCCAGAGACACUGUCAACUGAGUACCUUUAUCUAGCACUGGCCAACUUCUUUCUCAAAAUCCGGAUAUUGUGGGGUACUGACGCUCCGGAGGAUGUCACCUCAUGUGUUUCAGAAGACGCAGUCUACUUCUGCGAGGUCCGUCUUUAUUCGUCGCUCGCUGAGCCUUUGCUGUGCAAAGAGUUGGAAGACAAGAAUGGUCGUGUCGUAUUCCAACAUUUACCUCAAGCUCACGACUCGAAGGCAAUCAAGCUUGCACGGGAUAUCACUAUUACUUACAUUGCCAGUCUCGCCGAUGAGUCCAUCUUUAAUAAUGAUUGA